UAUAUAUGUAAUAUUUAUCAUAGCUACUGGAAACAAGCGAUUGUUAGAGUGAAAAUAAGUAUGUUGAUAACUUUGUCUUUAUUUCAAUAAAAGCCAGUAACAGUAUAUACUUGAUUUGGAAAGUUUUACAUCUUCUUUCGUCAUAAGAUGGUAGAAGAAAUUACUAAACUCAAGACAAAAACAUGCCGACCAAUACCGGCUAUCCUUUGGACUGUGGCCGAUGUUCAAAAGUGGUAUCGAAGACACUGUAGUGAAUAUCACCAGUACAACGAACUAUUUUUACAGCACGAAAUAACUGGACGAGCCUUACUUCGACUGAACGAUAACUCAUUGCAACGGAUGGGCAUACAGAAUAAUCGCGACAGAGAAGCCAUUUGGCGUGAAAUAGUCAAACAACGGCUGAAGACAGAUAUCAUGGAAAUAAGAGAUUUAGAAUUUAUGCAUAUGUAUUACGACUAAAGUUUUCGAUUGCAAAGGGGAUCCAAAAGGACAAUCGCUGUGCUAUUUUAUGGCUGCAAUCAAAUGCGAUCAAACGAUCUUGUCAAACCUUUUUGAUCGAUAAUACUUGUUUUUAUUCUGUAGGAAUGAAAAACACCUUAUUAUUAUGAAUAAACAACCAAAAAACCAAUGGAAAUUUUUGAAGUAA